AUGGUCCGUCAAAUCAAGAGCGCUCGUGGGGCGGCCAGCGUGGCCGAGAAGCUCGAGGAGCGCCUAAAGCAAGGGGACUUCUAUGGGGCGCUGCAGAUGUACAAGACGCUCUACAGCCGGUACGCGGCCGCGGGCGACCACAUGCGGGCCAUUGACCUCGCGCACACGGCGGCGGUCCAGCUCGCCAAGCACGACCAGUUUACGGCCGCGCGCGAAAUGGGCUGCCUCAUGAUCGACUUGUACAUGGCGCAAAAGUUCACGGUCGAUGCGGCCAACAAGGCGCGCGUGCAGGCCAUCUCGGAAGCCUUUAGCGCGACGGCGACGAAAGACCAUUCGGAGUUUCUCAAGCAGGCCGUCAAGUGGUCCAAGCGCACGCUCCAGCUCUGGCUCGCGCGCGUUUACACGGUCGCGACGGACUACACGAGUGCGAACAACCACUUUUUGCACGCCGAGCAGCCCCGCGAGAUGAGCCACAUGCUCGUGGCGCACGCGGCCACGGGCUACGCCAGCGAGGCCGACCUCUUUGUCGCGCGCGCCGUCUUGCAGUUGAUUUGCUUGGAGAACCUCCGCGAUGCCAACAUCGUCUUGACCGAGUUCCUUGCGGCCCGCCCGCUGGACACGCCGUUGAUCAACUGCGUCAAGUUCAUCCUGCGCACGCUCGAGCGCGAUGCCCUCCCGCUCUUUCAGUUGCUUCAGGAGCGCUACGCGUACGCGUUGUCGCGCGACCCGUCCUUCCGCAACUUUAUGAGCAUCAUUGCGCAAAAGUACUAUGGCGUGCAGCCGCCGCAGUCGGCGCUGAGCUCGCUCAUGAGCAUGUUUGGCGGUGGCAUGUAA